CGACGGCCUGGCAGCGGGCGGCGGUGAGGCGGACGCGUUUGGAGGGCCGUCGAGCCGCGGAGUCGGGAUCUGCUUCUGGGGCAUGAGCCGAGGGGACGACGCCGAGGCCACGAGUUUUUCAUAGAGAUUGAUGGAAGCAGAAACCAAAACUCUUCCCCUGGAGAACGCAUCCAUCCUCUCAGAGGGUUCCCUGCAGGAAGGACACCGGUUAUGGAUUGGCAACCUGGACCCCAAGAUCACAGAAUACCACCUCCUCAAGCUCCUCCAGAAGUUCGGCACGGUCAAGCAGUUCGACUUCCUCUUCCACAAGUCAGGUGCAUUGGAGGGGCAGCCCCGCGGGUACUGUUUCGUGAACUUUGAAACGAAGCAGGAAGCAGAACAAGCCAUCCAGUGUCUCAAUGGCAAGCUGGCUCUGUCCAAGAAGCUGGUGGUGCGGUGGGCUCACGCGCAAGUGAAGAGAUAUGACCAUAACAAGAAUGAUAAGAUCCUUCCUAUCAGUCUUGAGCCAUCCUCAAGCACUGAGCCCACUCAGUCUAACCUAAGUGUCACCGCAAAGAUAAAAGCCAUUGAAGCAAAGCUGAAAAUGAUGGCAGAAAAUCCUGACGCAGAGUAUCCAGCAGCACCUGUUUAUUCCUACUUUAAGCCUCCGGAUAAAAAAAGGACUACUCCUUAUUCUAGAACAGCUUGGAAAUCUCGAAGAUGAUGGUUAUGAAUUAUUGCGGCAGCAAAAGCAAAUUGGUCUCCACACCUGAAAUCCUCUGCCUUUGUACUUUGUCGAUGUGAAUGGUACUACCCAACAGAGCACAAUCACAUGUUAACGUUUGGUAACGUAACAUUUUCGGAUGUUCUCAUGGAUGUUUCUUCCCUGAAGUAUGCAUGGAAUUGAGCAUCAUCCAGAAUAAAUAGAAUUGUGUCCAAAAUUGUGAUUUGAACAUGGGGAUGCUCUGGUUGGCUGUUUUGUUUGGAUUUGUAACUCCAGAAACAUAGUAUGCCAGAGAGAAAGGCAAACAUAAGAAAUGUUUAUUAUUUAAAUCAGGAAACUGACGUUAUUAACGUCUGUCUUUCAGA